UUUAAACAGUCGAGUAACUUUUUAGGUGACCGACUAGGGUGCAAAGGGUGGGGGAAAGGGCGCUAGCCACCAGCAAUUCCCACGGUUUACACUAUCGGAAUGCCGUAUCAGCUUACCUUAGCCUUUGGCUCUGGUUAACAUUUCAUUAUCGAAUGUGGUCUUCAGCAGAGUGGUCGUAAAUUUUCAGUGAAGUGACUGUGAAGAGAGUUUUCACUUUUUGGAUUACCCUUUUGUGCUGCUUCCGGAUUUUGGCUAAGUUUUAUUCAAUCCAUAUCUACUCCAGUUAAUCUAACAUGCCAAUCAGUGAGGACGAAUACGACACCAGAUCAGUUCAAGAAUCAAGAAUUACGAUGUCAAAAGCAGAAUUGAGAAAGACGCACAAACCCAUCAUGGAAAAACGUAGACGGGCAAGGAUCAACCAUUGCCUAAACGAGAUCAAGAGUCUAGUUUUGGAAGCCAUGAACAAAGAUCCUUCUAGACACUCCAAACUGGAAAAAGCUGACAUUUUGGAGAUGGCCGUCAAGCAUUUGCAGAAUAUACAGCGACAACAACUCGCCAUAGCUAUGGCAACAAAUCCGUCUGCUGUCAGAAAAUUCAGAGCUGGUUUCGACGAUUGCGCUGACGAGAUUGACAAGUGCCUUAACCAAAUAGAAGGCGUGGGUGAUUCUCUCAAGCAAGGACUCACCAGCCACCUCAGAAAAUGCAUGAACGGCAUCGAGCAAGUUGCCCAUUUGAAUUUCCCCGACCAAAGUCAUAUACCGUUUCUGGGCAACCCGAAUAUCAUGUCCACGCCAACUUCUAAGCUGGAUAUCGGCUUGGAUUCGACGACAAGGGGAGAUCCAAACAACAAUCCGUAUUUUCGCAUACCUCAAGGGUUGCAAUUGGUCCCGGAAAGAUUGAGACCUGGGGAACUCACUCUUCUCCUCUCAAACGUUACAAACAAUUUCAAUUUUUCCAAUUCGACGUCUGGACACGUGGUUGUCAAAGAAACAGAACGACCUAGUGCCUUUGCAACUGUGAUACCCUCAGCAUUGUCUGGAAAAUUAUUGAGUCCUCCUCUAAGCCCAAAAACAUAUCAGCCUCCAGAUGAAAGAAGCUCAUCGCCAAAGGGGUUUCGACCAGUGCAUAUCAGUAUAAAACCCGUCAUACCUUACUCUUCCCCAGACGACGCUCAAGUUUGUCAAAUAUCUUCAACAUCAGCACCAACACCUUCUGAGAUAAAAACCAUUAGAUUCCCUAUUCAGAAUUCAAACGAAAAACGAGUGUUACAAGCUCAGGGUAAAAUAGUAGAACCUUUAUGUGUGAUAACAAACCAGGGCGAGCGAUACAAACAGGCUAAAGUUGUCGAAGACUCAGUAUAUUGCGAAGAAAAUAUUCAAAGAGGCACAAAAAGAACAUUCGGUGAAACCCAACAAGGCCUAUUGGUCGUCACAGAAGAUUAUCCUCACAAAAAGAAAGCGUUUGAACCUUCUUCAUCAUUCACAAGAGAAAGCGGUUCAUCAUCGUCUUCAGUCCGUCAACCUGCCAAAAACCAGAAUGAAGAUAGUUCUUCUGAGAUGUGGAGACCCUGGUGAUUCGAUAACGAGUUCGAAACGUUUGAUGAACAUUUGGGUACUACAUUGAUAAUCGUGAAGACGACUGGAAGCAGCUGCCUCCGGCAAGAUGGAAGAAGAAGAUGACCAGGAGGAAGACAGAGUACAAGGAUGAUCUCAACGUAAAAAAAGUGAUGAAAAUAAAAAACAAGAGAAAGCACUAAGAUGGAUGUGAGAUUGAGAUAAAAGAAUUUUUAUAGAAAUUUAUAUUUUGUAUAUUUUUAAAUAAUCAUUGAUAAGUACAUAAAAUAAAAUCUUCGAAAACUUAUCUCGUAUUAUUCGAUAUAAAACUAAUUGAAAGCAAAAAAAAUUACAUUCGAGAGAAAAAUAUAACAAAUACAUUCGAUAUAAUGAAACAAUAUCGACUUGUGAUAACUAUCACUAUGAGUUUUAAUUUUGAAAAGAAUAAAUAAAAGUAGGUGAAACCCUAAAAAAUAUAAAUUGGAAGCAAAUACCGAUAAAAACGUUAUAUCACUUUUAUGCAUCUUGAAGUAAGGAAACUUAAUAGAAAAAACUAGUUAAAACUGAAUGCAAAAAACUGUGGCAAAUUAUUUCAUAGGAACAUUUAUUGAAAAAGAAAACUAUAAAAGAUUACUGAAGAAUACAUUAUCAAUUAGAACCUAUAUGACGAAAAUAUU